UUUAACACUGGACAGGUUACACACUCCGUUUCAGCGGAAGAGCGGAAAUUAAAAAUCACAACUCUCCAAGCAGAUUUAAAGUGGCUUAUAUCCUGUGUUCGAGAGCUUUGAAGGAAGAAGAAGGCUCAGUUUACCGCGGCGGUGUGGCGUGGAGUGGCGUAGUAUCGUCCACGUAACGGGGGAAUUUCCUCCAUUUAAAAAAGGUCCAGUAGUCAAUAUCAUCGAUAUCAAUAUCGAUAUUCGAACAGAACAGUUGUAUCAAAACGAACGGCCGUCAGUGGAAUACGAAAAAAGAAUACGAAAAGCCAGAUUGAGAUUUCCUGCAAUUGGCAGUGGUCGGUGUCGGUAUUGCUGUUUCUGUUGCUGUUGCUGUUGGUGCAGCUGAUGUCGUCCUUCGUCAUGAAUUGAUAAUGCUCUCAGCUGGAAAAAGAGACCGGAUAUCUGAUUACUACCUUUUUACACGUUUCCAUUUAAAUUCGAACCUAAUGAUGGGCUGUGCAUCAUCGCAGGCCGUGCCUCCCGGUGGUAUUGCUACCACUAGUGACCCUGAUAAGGACUUGGUGGACAGCUCGAAGCCAGGAGCAUCAGAAGAUUCUUCUACCGCUACUGAUGACAAGUACCCACCUGCGGAGGCGUUUGAAAUCUCCUUGGAUGAUGUCGACAACGACAGCAAGGACCGAAGUGAUAGCCUUAUCAAAAAGCAUCCUCCGAAGCGAUUGCAAAAGUUAGUCGAGCAAGCGGCAACAGCAUCAGCUGUUUCAGCAACAACCAUUGAACACUUGGAAGAGAAACUGGCCAAGGCAGAAGUUAGACGUCAGCAGUACAUUCAACAGCGAAUCGAAAACAUCAUAACCUUAACAUCAUCAUCUAAAGGAGGUGGCAGCAAUGGUGGUGGUGAAGCCGAUGUUAAUAGUGGUGGUGAAGAGAAUAAGGAUGGCGAUGGUGAUGGCGGCAGUGAUGGCCAAAAAGAGGAUGCUGAUGCAGCUGUCAUUGUUUCCAGAAAUACUUCUCGUACCACCACCAGCAGCAAUAGCAACAGCAGUCAGGAUGCUGAUGUUGUAGUCCAGUCGACAACGUCGUCGUCAUUGAAUGAGACUCCUCCUGCUGCAAGUGUGGACAAGAAGCAUAUUGAUGGCGAACAUCACGCUCAAGGUGCAGACAACAACGACAACGGCACUCGUCCUUAAUGGUGCAAAACUUCUUUUUAACACUCUAUUUGUUUCUUUCUUCAAAUUUCUCUUAAGGUAUUUAAACUUUCUAUAAAAUUUAACUCUAGCGAAAAAAUAAAAGAAAAGUGAUAGACAUUAAGGCAUACGGUUUUACAUACAUACAAUUUUGUGCAAUAAAGUAGUUUUUAAAUUCA